GUUAGCACGGGUUCGCGCGCAGGUAAGUGAUGGACCAACUGACAAAUGAGACAGACAGUGACCGCUGUGCCCAUCUAAUUGCUUGUGCAGAGCGAGUCGGAAGAGGCGCCGCCGCCUCACAAGCGGCAUCGAUGGCGUGGCUCGCCAAGUUCCAAGAGAUGUGGGCGAGGGAAGCUGCCGGUGAGGAGGUGGACAAGGAUGCGUGGCUGAAGGAGGCCCAUCGGGCGGCCAGGGCGGCAGCAGAGGAGGCCAAACGGAACUUCGACAAGACCACCAAGGCGAACACGAAAGGCGCCAACAGCAAGGACGACACCCCCACUGCCCGCCCCACCAAGGAGGAGCCCACCCCGGCACUCGCCCUGCUUCCGCCGCCGCCAAGCAGAGACCUGCCCCCACGGUCCCCAAAGCAGCAACCAGGGUGUCGGAGCGGCAGCAGCAGCACCAGCAGGAGGCGAAGGCGAGGCGGCAGGAGCUCGAGAAGAGGAGCGAGGAGGCGGCCAAGCACCGCUUCCGAGUCUGAGUGGCUGUGUCCGGCAGCGGUGCGCGUGUCUGACCGCGCGCCGCUGCCCGACACAUCCCUGCCCCCAUCCCCAUGCUGCCCGUGGUCUGUCCGUGGUCGUCCAUUCGUGUGUCCGUUCGGUGUGGUAGUUCGUGUUUCCCCGGUGGGUGUGGGUGUGGCGACGUGCUCUUCAGCCAUGGCAGGCCUCUCGACGUCACCCACACCACAAGACGUCACCAUUUACCCAGUGGCCUUCCAAGACGGCCGGUCCAGCGAGAACAACACCAUCAUCCGGGUCAACCACUCGGUGUGGUCAUUCGACCUGCUGGUGCACAGGACAUGCGCUUCACUGUGGGAGGGGUAAGCAGCCGCGAACGACCCCACUGCAUGUGCUCUGUAGCAGACGUCUGUCUGUCUGUCUGUCUGUCAUCGUCAGGGCCGUCAGAAGGCGUUUUUCACGCCCGAUGACUUAGACCGGCUUCGCGAACAGGUAAGUGAUGGACCGACUCACGAAUGAGACAGACAGACAGACAGUGAGUGACCGCCGUGCCCAUCUUUUUACUCACAUGUGCAGAGGGACGAGGCCAGCCGAAUCGCCGCCGCCUCACAAGCGGCAUCGAUGGUGUGGCUCGCCAAGUUCCAGGAGAGGUGGGCGAGGGAAGCUGCGGGAGAGGAGGUGGAUAAAGAGACCUGGGGGGAGGAGGCCCGGCUGGCGGCCGAGGCGGCGGCAGAGGAGGCCAAACGGCACUUCGACGAGGCCACGACGGCCCACACGACGCACGGCACCACGCCCGCCGACGCUUCCUCUUUUGGGCGUCACUGUACAGCACAGCAUAGCAUACGGUAAGGGUAGGGGAGCAGGUCAUAUGCAGCAUUGAACCAUCCCUUCAUGUCAUCUCUUGCCGUUGGCUGUCCUUCCUCCACUCAGGCAACGAGUGGAGCCAUAGCGUCAGCUGGCGACACCCAUAUCACAUCCAUUGCUUCUGUCAGUCACCGCAGAGGCUGCUGCUGCUCGACCGACCUCAGCAACAUCAUCUCCACCUACCCUCUCCCGCACCCGCAACUCCAUCUGGACAGCAGUUCGACCCGCAGACGCAUCUCGCUCAGCGCCCCACGGGCCCUCCACCCCGCCGCCGACACUCAAGCGCCCUGCCGCAGCUGCCAAGCAGAGACCUGCCCCCACGGUCCCCGCGGCAGCAACCAGGGUGUCGAAGCGGCAGCACCAGCAGGAGGCGAAGGCGAGGCGGUAGGAGUUAGAGGAGAGGAGCGAGAAGGCGGCCAAGCACCGCUUCCGCGUGUGAGUGGUCCGUGUCCGUCAGCGAUCUGGGCAGAAGAGAGACACCAGCUCUCCUCGGCUGUUGGCUUGCUGCGUGUGUGCAGUAUCGCUGCUUACAUUUUAUAUUUUGACGGCUGUGUUGUUGGUUCCCUCGUCCAGUGCUCACUCUGAGCUCUCCCUUGUAAGUGUGCGGUCGAAUGAGAGCAAUUUGAAUGAGAGAAGAGGCUUCGUGCUGGCGGGCAAUGACAGGAUGUUGAUUCGAUACAUUGCAUGCGAGCUGUGUGUGUGUGUGCAGAAGUGCCACCCCGAUAAGGUCGCGUCCGCCGCGGCGUUCCAGCAGCUUCGCGAGGCCUAUGAGGUGGCCUACGAGUACGUGGCGAAAGCCACUGUGGCAGCGGUAAGCAGCCGCGAACGAACCCACUGCAUGUGCUCGUCUGGCAGACAACUGUCUCACUCUGUGCUGUUGUGACAACUUGUGAGUUAUCUCAGGCCAGAGUGAGAUUCAUCUCCGAUGAGUGGAACCGACUCAUCGUCACGGUGAGUAGCGGACCGACUGACGAAUGAGACAGACAGACAGACAGACAGUGAGUGACCGCCGUGCCCAUCUUAUUAAUUGUGCAGUCGGUCUACCCCUGUCUGUCUGUCGGUCUUUUUAGCUCAACGACAGGCUCGCCCGCCGCACCAAGGAGCUGGCCAUGCAGUACCAACAGAUGACCAACACGGAGCCUCAGGUGGGUGGGUGGGUGGUUGAGUGAGUGUCACACAGACAAAUGCGACAAGGGUGGACGGCCUCACUGGCUCACUCGUGAGUACAUCUGUGUGUGUGUGUGAGCGUGUGUGCAGGAGGAGGAUGGGGAGGCGGAUGAUGGGCAGGUGCCCGAGUGGCUUGAUGAGCCCCUCCCACAUUACACGUCGCUGCCGGUAGGCAAGGCACCCCACAAUCCACACGCCGACGUCUGGCACCCAUGUGUGUGUGUUGUGCACAUCUUGGUUGUUUCUACCAGCUGGCCUCCCAGCCGCCGCAGCAGCCCCAAAGCUUCUUUCACUAAGAAGUCGAUGCCCGUCCGCCGCGUCCGCCUGUUUGUCCGUCCACUGUUGCCUGUCCGUCCUCACCUGCGUCUACUCGACUGCAUGCCUGCCCGACAACGUGACUCCCCGACUGCUCCAGCCACGCCGCCAGCCGCCCUUCUUCCCUCUGAGCCCCCUAAGGGUGGCUCUUCGGCGGCGUUUCGAGAGCUGCACGAGGCCUAUGAGGUGGCCUGCGCGAGCCUGAUUGGCGGCACUGUAGGGGUAAGAAGCCGCGAACGAACGCACUCCAUGUGCUAGUCUCAUUGCGUUGUUGUGUGUCUGUCUGUCUGUGUGUCUGUCUGUCAUCGUCAGGGCCGUCAGAAGGUGUUCGUCACGGAGUUAGCACGGGUUCCCGCGCAGGUAAGUGAUGGACCAACUGACGAAUGAGACAGACAGUGACCGCCGUACCCGUCCUAUUGCUAACAUGUGCAGAGGGAAGAGGGCAAGCGAAGGGCAGCGGGGUCGCGAGCUGCGGGUAAGGCCCACUUGGAGAAGCUGCGGGAGAUGUGGGCGAGGCAAGAUGCGGGUGAGGAGGUGGAUGAGGAUUCCUGGCUGGAGGAGGCCUGGCUGGCGGCCGAGGCUGCAGCAGCGGAGGCCGAGCGCAACUUCGACAAGACCACCGCUGCCGCCACACCGCUGUCCGUGGUCCGUCCAUUCGUGCGUGAGUUCGGUGUUGGAGUUCGUGUUUCCCCGGUGGCUGUGGGUGUGGCUGAGGUGGUUGGGCAUUUCCGGCAGGACCUGACCAUGAGCCAGCUGUCGCGUGCGGUGAGGAAGGGGGGUGGGGGGGGGGGGCGUGGAGAGACACCAGCUCUCCUUGGCAUGCUGCGUGUGUGCAGCAUCGCUGCUUACAUUUUAUAUUCCGAUGGCUGUGUUGUGGGUUCCGUCGUGCUCACUUUGAUGUGGAUUAGGCAGACUGAAUGGGUGUUGGGGGCUGGACGGUUGCAUGGUGUCGGUGGCCACGGCCAGGGCAUGACUGACGGGCGCUGUGAGGUGCGUGCAGACCGAUGACAUCUAGAUGAAUCUCUGUUGG